UGUGUCACUCUAUUUCUGACUCCAUCCCCCCUCUCAGUCUGCCCGGUGUGGGUCUGUGGUGGUGUUUGUGUGACAGCGAGACUCUACAGGAUUUAACCACCUGGAUAUUUUACCUGUUUUUCAGCUGUUUUUUUAAAGGUUGUUGUCUUUCUCUGCGCGCACACACCACCGCCACUCUGACAUCACACCUGGCUGACCUCCGUGUGACCCCUCCUGCACACCCCUGAACCCCCUGAUACUCCUCCACCCAACCCAACCACCACCCACCUCUGUGAAACCAUGGCACUGUCUUCACGCUUAAAACUGUGGGAGCAGAAGAUAAAGGAGGAGAAAACGCCGGUGGCCGCCGCCGUCCCUCCGCCGCCUCUGUCAGCUCUGCCCGGCGGCUUCCUCAAACAGCUGGUCAGAGACUCAGAGAAGGAAACCAAACAGAAAGAGCCGGACGUCAAGGACGAGAAACCCCCAAGCAAACUGAGCGACAACCUCGUGCAGCAGUUCCUCCUCCCGGAUCAGACUCCUCCGAUCCUCGAGGCCGAGAUGUCGCUCCGGGCUGAGCAGAUGACCAACAACAGAAGACUCCUCGUCAGUCCUGACCCCGCCGACAAGACGGAAACCAGACAGCCGGUAACACCCGAGCCGCCGAAGCAGAAACAAGACAUGACGCCAGAGAAGAGAGUGAAGACGCCACAGGUGGAGCAGAAGAAGGAGAGGAUAGAGGAGGUGAAGAAGGAGGAGAGGCAGGAGCCAGAGGGAAGGCAAGCAGACCAGACUAUAACUGAGAAUGACAGGAGAGAGACGAGGGACGUGUGGUACGAAGCUGGCACCGUUUGGUAUGUUCACAAGGACGGGUUCACCCGCGCCACUCAGCUGAAGCCAGACGAAGGCACACCUGAACUCCCAGAAGGCCGAGUGAGGGUCCGACUGGAGAGCGACGGCUCGCUGCACGAUGUCACAAAGUUUGAGAUUGAGAAGUGUAACCCGUCAGAUCUGGACCUGUGUGAAGAUCUGAGCGACCUGCAGAGCGUGAAUGAAUGUGGAGUCCUGCACACGCUGACCUCGCGAGCUAAAGCCAGCAUGCCGCUCACGCAUGCGGGACCCAACUUGGUCAACUUCUGGCCUCCGUUACAGGCGAACAGCAAGACUCCGAAGUCUCGGCGAGGGGAGUCCAUAUGGGACGCUCCUCCUGCUCUGGCCGCUCUGGUCAAACGGGUCUACGUGUCCAUGGUCGGCACCAGGAGAGACCACAGUGUCUGCGCGAUGGGACGCAGCGGGACCGGCAAGACCACGGCGUGCCAGGCCUUCACGCACACCCUCCUCAAACAGGCCGGCACCACCGGAGAGAAGAUCAGCGUGGAGCGCGUGCAGGCCAUGUUCACCAUCCUCAAGUCCUUUGGCUGCGUGAGCUCUCAGCACAGUGACGCCUCGUCUCGGUUCGCCAUGGUCUUCUCGCUGGACUUUAACCACGCCGGACAGGCGGCUGCCGGACACCUACAGACGAUGAUGUUGGACAAAUGGAAAGUUUGUCAGACGACUCAAGGAGAGAGUAACUUCCUGGUUUUCUCUCAGAUGCUGGCCGGACUCAGCACAGAGAUGAGGACAGAACUGCAGCUGCAUCAGCUUCCAUCAGAUUCCAACUCUUUUGGUAUCGUUCAUCCCACCAAGGUUGAGGAGAAACAGCGAGCGUCCGUCGGCUUCACCAAGCUGCUGACUGCCAUGGAAACGCUCGGCUUCUCAGCCAGCGAGCAGAAGGCGAUAUGGCAUGUUCUGGCUGGUAUUUACCAUCUGGGAGCUGCAGGAGCCUGCAGAGUCGGUCGGAGGCAGUUUGUGAGUUUCGACAGCGCUCAGGUGGCCAGCAGUGUGCUGGGAUGCGAGGGAGAGGAGCUGCACACGGCCGUCUUCAAACAUCACCUCCGACAGCUGCUGCAGAGAGCCACCGGGGGCAGCAGAGAGAGGAACCCUGCCGCCGAGGCAGAGGAGGGUCCGAGGUUGACAGCUGUUCAGUGUGUUAAUGGAAUGGCUGCUGGACUCUAUGAAGAACUGUUCACUGCUGUAGUCUCACUUAUCAACAGGGCUCUGAGCGGGCAGCAGCUGACGUUAGCCUCUGUGAUGGUGGUGGACACGCCGGGCCUGAGGAGCCCGAGACACUCUGCAGAGGAGCGAGGAGCGAGCUGGUCCGAGCUCUGCCACAACUACCUGCAGGAGAGGCUGCUGGAGCACUACCACACACACACCUUCAGACACACUCUGGAGAGAUACACACAGGAGAAGGUCCCUGUGCAGUUGGAGAACCCGGAGAACAGCCCGUCUGAGGUGGUGUCAGCUAUCGACCAGCAGCCUCCACAGGUGCGGGUAGCAGAUGGAGACCCCAGAGGUCUGUUAUGGGUUCUGGAUGAGGAGAUGGUGACACCAGCCUCCAGUGAGAACAACGCCCUGGAGAGAGUCUGCCAGUAUUACAGCAGCACCGUGCGUCAGUGCGAGCAGCCGCUGCAGUGUGAGGUGAACCACCUGAUGGGUGGUGACCCGGUUCGCUAUGACCUGACUGGAUGGUUCGGGCUGAUCCAGAACAACCUGUCUUCUCUCAAUGCCAUCUGUCUGCUCCAGAACUCCACCAUAGAGGUGGUGAAGUCCAUGUUCACCCCCAGAAUCUCUCUGCCCCCCCUGUGUCGAGGUCUGGGUGGUCUGGAGGGCGGCAGCCAGCGAUCUCUGCAGAGGAACGGCACCAUCAGGAAGACAUUCAGCGGAGGGAUGGCGGCCAUUCGCCGAAACUCCCAGUGUAUUGCCGUCAAACUGCAGGCAGACGCUCUCGUGAACCUGAUCCGUCGAGCCAGGCCGGUGUUCCUGCAGUGCGUCAUCGCAAAGGCCGACAGUGGAAGUUUUGAUGUCCCAGCGCUCCGAGUCCAACUGCACUCCACCCAGAUCCUGUCAGCGCUGCAGCUCCACCGCACAGGUUAUCCUGAACACAUGACUUUGAGCGACUUCAGGUGUCACUUCCAGGCGCUGUCUCCUCCCAUCAUGAAACGUUACGCCUCGAUGUUUGUCAGCCACGAUGAGAGAAAGGCGGUGGAGGAGUUGCUCGUCGAGUUGGAUCUGGAUAAAAAGAGCAUCGUCGUGGGCGCCAGCAGGGUGUUCAUGAAGCGAGGCGUGCUGCGAUACCUGGAGCAGCAGAGGGACCAGCAGGUCACCGGCUGGUUGGUGCACCUGCAGGCCGCCGGCAUGGGACACCUGGCCCGUCAGAAGUACCGCAAACUCAAGGUGCAGCAGAUGGCGGUCAGGUGUCUGCAGAGGAACCUUCGAGCUCUGAGGGUCGUCGCUAAGUGGAGCUGGUGGAAACUUUUCUGCAGAGUGCGUCCUCUGCUCGACGUCAACAUGGACAACGAGAGGCUGAGGGCGAAAGAGGACGAGCUCUCAGCUCUGAGACGACGUCUGGAGAAAUCCGAGAAGGAGAGGAACGAGCUGAGGCAGACCGCCGACAGCCUGGAGACCAAGGUUACGGCUGUGACAUCCGAGCUAAGCGAUGAGCGUUUCCGCGGCGACGCGGUGGGUCAGGCUCUGGAUGUGGAGAGGGCAGAGAGACUCCGACUCAGCAGGGAGAACAAAGACCUGCAGGCUCGUCUAGACCAGUGUAAAGUCGCCAUGGAAACCCUGGAGAAGCAGCUGGAGGAGGAGAAACAGAAAGUCCAGAUCGCCGAGAGUCAGAGAGGACCAGCCACAGACAGCGAGCUGGCCAUGCAGCUGGAGUGCUGCCAGACGGAGGUCGAAUUUGUCCGCAGACGACUCAAGCAGACGGAGGAAAAACUGGAGGCAGAGAAACAGACCAGACAACAGCUCGAUACCAAGGUGGCGACUCUGCAGGCCCAGCUGGAGCAGUCCAGGCGGAGUGCGACGGAGCUGAAACGUCACUGUCGCCGCGUGACCUCUGACCUCCAGGACGCCCGAGUCCUCACCGACAGCCUGCAGAGCCGCAUGCACGAGCUGGACCGCAAACAGAGGAGGUUUGACAACGAGUUGACUCAGGCUCUGGAGGAAGCCGACAACGAGAGAGAGCAAAAGGACAAAGCCUCCCAGGAAAACGCCGCCCUGGGGGCUGAAAUCUACGCCCUGCGCCGGAGCCUGCAGGAGAGCCAGUCAGAGGUGGACCGACUUCAGAAGCAGAAGGACGAGUUGUGCGCUCAGAUCCGUGACCUCAGCCUGCCCGUGGAUCUCGCCUCCGAUUCGCUACCUGACCUGAAGAAACAGCUUCGCCUCCUGGAGAGUCAGGCCAGCGAGCGAGCGCAGGAGAUCACCACGCUCACCGGCAAAAUACAGCAGCAGCAACAGGUCCACAUGCGCUUCGAGAUGGAGAUGGAGAGGAUGAAGCAGAUGCAUCAGAAGGAGUUGGAGGACAAAGAGGAGGAGUUGGAGGAUGUGCACAAGUCCUCUCAGAGACGGCUGCGGCAGUUGGAGAUGCAGCUGGAGCAGGAGUACGAGGAGAAACAGAUGGUGAUUCACGAGAAGCACGACUUGGAAGGACUCAUCGCGACUCUGUGCGACCAGGUGGGCCACAGAGACUUCGACGUGGAGAAGAAGCUGAGGAGAGACCUGAAGAGGACUCACGCCCUGCUGGCCGACGCCCAGCUGCUCCUCUCCACCGUCGACAACCCGGGACAGAACCUGCCCCACGGCAGCAAAGACCAGAUCGAGCGUCUGCACUGCCAGCUGGAGGAGAGCGAAUCGAGGCGGCUGGAGGCCGAGAGCGUUCAGACGACGCUGUGCCAGGAGCUGGACAACACCCAGAUCGAGCUGGAGAACAUCUGCAAACUGAAGAGUGUGGUGGACGAGCAGUUGGCGCUGCUGCAGCACGAGAAGGUGGACCUGCUGAAGAGACUGGAGGAGGAUCAGGAAGACCUGAACGAGCUGAUGAAGAAGCACAAAGCGCUGAUCGCACAGUCCUCCAGUGACAUCGCUCAGAUCAGAGAGCUGCAGGCGGAGCUGGAGGAGGUGAAGAAGCAGAGACACUCUCUGCAGGAGGAGCUCCAGCAGUCUGUGUCCAGGGUGCAGUUCCUGGAGUCGUCCACUGUGGGGCGUAGCAUCGUCAGUAAACAAGAGGCACGUGUGUGCGACCUGGAGAACAAGCUGGAGUUUCAGAGAGGACAGGUGAAGAGGUUUGAGGUGCUGGUGCUGCGUCUGAGGGACAGCGUGGUUCGUCUGGGAGAGGAGCUGGAGCAGAGCGCACAGGCGGAGGCUCGCGAGAGGGAGAACGCUCGCUACUACCAGCAGCGCCUGCAGGACAUGAGGCUGGAGAUGGAGGAGCUGAUCCAGAGGGAGCAGGACAGCGGACGCAGACGCAUGGAGCUGGAGAUGCAGGUGGAGGAGCUGAGCGCCGUCAGACAGACGCUACAAGCCGACCUGGAGACGUCCAUCCGCCGCAUCGUGGAUCUGCAGGCCGCCCUGGAGGAGGUGGAGUCGAGCGAUGAGAGCGACUCGGAAAGCGUUCAGACCGCUGUGGAGUCCUUGACUCGAAAGAAGGACCUUGACUCGGUGUCCAGCGUCGGGUCUGUCGGGACAGAGGAUGUCGGACAGGGGAUCCGUCAUUGGUUAGGAGUGCCCAGAGGAGGCUCCCGCGGCGCCGGCAGUACCAUCAGCAGCCAAGGGGGGCGCCAGUCUGUCGCUGACACCAUGAGCACCUACAGCUUCCGUUCUUGCGUGGACCCUGAUGACGACAGCUCUGAGGCCGGAGGUGUCAGAGCUCCCAGUCGAGCUCCGUCCUCCUCAGCUCUGUCCGAGCUGCUGGACGGACUCCGUAAACGCAGAGCCGGCGGCGAUGCAGGCGACGGAGCCGGCAGCGCCGUCUCCCUGCCCGUUUAUCAAACAACCGCGGCCUCCAGUCUCAGACGAAGAGCCUCGGCGCUCUCUCUCAGUCCAGAGGACGGCCCGGAGCCCCGGCCCGGCCCCAGCAUCCUUAAGCCGCCGUCCCCGCUCCUGCCUCGUGCUGCCAGCGCUCGCUCCAUCGGCGACGCUCAGACGUCCCCCGCCACCUCCACAGCUGGAGCCAAACUCUCCCGGUUCAACUCGAGUGAUUCCGUCUGUUCGCUUCCCUCGCUGCCACGCCUCUCCUCCUUGGCGUCCUCCCUCGCCGCUCGCCAUCACCCUCCCUCCCUGUCCAUCCCGGAGGAGGACCCAGAGCAAGCCCUCCGCUCCAUGACGACUCCCAUCCAGCGCUCCCCUCAGGCACCGAGGCGGUGCAUGCUUGCCACAGAGGACGGAGGGGAAGGCUCUCUGGGUUCAGAACCCAUGGUCUUCCAAAACCGCCGCCUGAUCGGGGACCGAGACGACGCGGCCUCCGACAUCCUGCCCGCCAUCCGGAGAGCUCAGUCCGCCAGCAGCCUGGCCGGCUCCAUCAGAGGAGGCAGGAGGGCGCUGAGCGUCCACUUUGGGGAGCUGCCUCCAUCGACCCGCAGCAGGAAAGGCUCUGAAACCGAGUCGUCCAGCUCAGGCGGAUCAGGAGGAAGUUCCCAGAACGGCGUUCCCCGCCGCAAGCCGCAAGGAGAAAGACUGGAGGCGGAGGGCAGCGAGGGCGGAGACGUGGCUUCAGUCAUGAAGAGGUACCUGAAGAAGGAAGUGGACUGAACGAGACGAGCUGACAGACUGAAGACUGCAGCAGCUGAAUGGAAAACUUCAGAAGUCAACAACGUUUGUUUUUCCACUUCGUUAAAAUCACCUGAAAACACGUUUGUUCAACCCACGAGCUCUCGAUCGACUGUACUUUCAGAGAAGCACUGUUUGUAUACCAAUAAAAAUAUUUCAUGAACCUUC